CGCGGCUUGAGCCCUCCCGGCUCCCGUCGCCGCGCUCCCUCCCUCUGCCGGCACCGCCCCAUCGCAGCCCAGCGGCGCGGCGAGCGGAGGGGAGCGCAGGGCAGCGGCGCGGCGAGCUGCCGGGGGAGCGGCGAUGGCCGAUUACUGGAAAUCUCAGCCUAAAAAAUUCUGCGAUUACUGCAAGUGCUGGAUAGCAGACAACAGACCUAGCAUUGAUUUUCAUGAAAGAGGAAAGAAUCAUAAAGAAAAUGUGGCAAAGAGAAUUAGUGAGAUUAAGAAGAAAAGCUUGGAAAAGGCAAAAGAAGAAGAAAACAUGUCAAAAGAAUUUGCAGCAAUGGAGGAGGCUGCCAUGAAAGCAUAUCAAGAGGACAUGAAAAGGCUUGGAAUUAAGCCAGAUGAUGUAGGUUCCAGUUCAACACAGAGUAAAACACAGAGUAACACAGUGGAAACUAAAGCAAAGAAAGAAAAGAAAGAGAAGAAGGAAAAGAAAGAAAAGAAAAAAAAGACACCUCAGGAUGCCUCAAAAACUGAAACGAAGGAGUGGGUGCAAGGAUUAUCUCCCGAAGGCUAUACAUACUACUACAACACAAAAACUGGAGAAUCACAGUGGGAGAAACCGAAAGGAUUCCAGGGCAACUCUCAAAACUCGCAAACGGGAGCAGAGUGGGUGGAAGGUGUCACUGAAGAUGGUCAUACCUAUUACUAUAACACACAAACUGGAGUAUCCACAUGGGAGAAACCGGCUGGUUUUGUUUCAUCUUCAAGUGACAAGCCUGCAGAAACAGCAUCUGAAUCAGACUCAGAAGACAGUGAGAAUGAAGAAGAGAGUUCAGAAACAAACUUCAAGAGGAAAGGAGAUAAUGGUGAGGAAUCGGAGGAAGGGAAAAAAUCUCCCAAAGCUAAAAAGUUAAGCCCUUAUGGGAAAUGGCGAGAAGUCAAGUCAGAAGAAACCACGGAUAAAGAGGAGACUACAUCAGCUUCCCAAGAAAGCUCUAGUGAUGGAUCUAACAUGGCCAACCCUUAUGGAAAAUGGAAAGCACUUAAAGAAGUAGGGGAAGAACAAGAAGAAGAAGCAGGUGAAAAAGUGGACCUGGAGCUUCCAAGUACAGAGAGUGACAAUGUAGCAGCCCCAGUGCUAGAGGAUCCAGAAGAGGAAACAGUCAUAUUUAAAGAGAAGACAGUCACCUCCCUUGGAGACCUGACAGAAGGGGUGCCCAUGUUUAAGAAGAGGAAAUUUGAAAAUGGAAAAUCUAGAAACUUAAGACAAAGACUAAGUGAUCAGUAAUACUUAACAAAUCAUUUUAGAUUCUGUUUAAGCUAGAGUGAAUCAAAAGUAUAAUAUUUUCAACAGGCUUUUAUAAAGAAAGUGUUGGAUAGAAGUUAAGGAUUUAUAGGUAAUAAAGCAUACGUGAGUUUAAUAUUUUUUUAUUUUAUUUUGAUGUGAUUGGUUUUGGAAUGGAAGUUUGUGUGAAAUUACUUAUGCAAUAUUGUACAUACAUGUAUUCUUUAUUGUAACCAUGCCAUCCAAGUUCUAUUUGCUCUGUGUAUGCUGUUUUAAAUACAUUUCAUAAGGGUUUUUUACUCCUUUUCUAAGUAUGUGAGAAUGCAGUAAUCCUUAAUCUGACAAAAAUGAAGCAGACCUUUUAUUUUCAUAGAGGAACUGGAACAACAGAAUAUACUAGAGAGUAAAAUCAUCCCCCAAGAUUGUUUAUGUGGUGUAGUUUCUCCACUAACAAGUAAAAUAUUGUGCUUACUAACCUUUGUCUGAUCGCUUGCAAAAGAGUGGGUGGUGAGACUGCCAGCAUUUCAAACUGAUCAUUUAGAAGCUGUUUUUAGAAGAGUUAGUCACAUCAGUGCCACCCAUUCCAAAUGAUGUUCUGAAAAAUUAUUUGUGUAUGUGCAUGGUAAAUGUAUUAAACCUCUGCAGAAGAUUUAACUCUGAUCAAUCCUAACCUGUAGUCACAGCACCAGAGCCACCCCUGUUGGAGUAGACAUUUCUGUGAUAUCUUCCUGUCUCCUGCUUUGUUGUCUACUUGAAUUUUUCCUUCCUUUUACUUACCAAGUUUUCUUUUUUAGUCUUGCUUUCUUUUUGUCUAUUUCCUAGCAAAAAACCACUUGCCUGAUAUUUUAAUGAAAAAAUACUUUAGAGACUUGGCCCUGCUACAGCAUACGCGACCAUUUUUGAGGUGGUUGUGUUUUUUCUGUUGGUAAGAAGUGUGUGUUUUAUGGUUGCAGUGUUGGAUAAGUUGAGAGGGCCUAAGUGUGUUGAAGUUUCAUCAUUCUCAUUACCACAGGGGAGGAAACCAAAAGAUCAGCAGAGCUGAUGGCUGUAGAGUCCAAGAUGACUUGGACAUGUUCUUAAGGAUUGUCCUACUUGGUGGGAUUGGUCUGCAUUAGCAUCACCAGGAUUCAUUGUCUGUGUCAGAAUAUAGCUGCACUCCUUGCUUCUUUAGCCAUCAAACAGUGAACCAGAAAGGUCUGUUAAAAACUAUGUCUCUAAUCUUAAAGCUCACAGUGUUUUGUUCAGGAGAGUCUCAGUCAAGAACAAAAAAGGAAUGCAGCUAAGGCAGUUGCCAAGAGUCCAGCAACAUAGAGUUGGUAACUGCUGAGCUUGAAUGUUUUUGAGAAAACAACUAUUAAUCUGUUGGAUCAAUUGAGAAAGGAGUGCAGGAUAGGGAAUCUGGUUUAUUCUGUGUUACAGUGAAAGUUGAAGUUCUUUUUUCUAUUCUUAGAAGAGAAUUAGUUAUUGUAUUUAAUCCCAUGUGUUUUCUUGGCUUCCUCAGGGUUGAUGUAAUUUGGCUGAUGUUUGUUCUGAUAAAUUGGAAAGUUUACUGUAAUAUCUGACCCUGGAUUAUUAUUUAGAGAUGCAGGACACAUGCAGGAUGCUUCAAAUUCUGAGAUGCAGGAAUGUAUGACAUGUACUCCCAGAUGAGGGUUUCUUAAACAGAUAUUUUAGGGUUUGUUCUUGCUUGUGCAUUACUCUGGGAGCCUGCUCUAACUUGAAGUUUUCUUGUGUUUGUGGCCAGUUUGCUCUUCCAAUUUACACAAGUCCUGCUAAGUUGCUUUCCUUCAUCUUGAAUCCAUCACAUCUUCUCUCUUUGAAAUCAUAAACAGCAUCCCUGUGUGACAGGAUCUUCAGUGUCCCACCAGUGCUUCUCUUCACCCAUUCCAGCCUGUGUCUGCCUGGACUACACUUGCCUAGAUGGAUUUCCCUGGGCUAGUUCACCUUGAUUAAGGCCAUGCAUGAUAUCACCAGUAGUUCUUAGCAUAUUGGAAGUAACUCUUGAUACUUCCCUAAACCUCAUUUGCUUUUCACAUGACCUCACACACUGUCGGCCAUGGGCACCGUUACCAGUGACUUAGCACUGUUCUUUCUGCUCCUUUGCUUUUGCCAGCUGCUGACUUACCAGCUGGUCAUGCUUUCCUUUCAAGCACAAUUCUUUAUUUUCUUAGACAUUUUUUUGUACUGCUGUACUCAUCCUCCUUCUGUUACUGCAAAGUAUAUGCAUUUCAUUAUGAUUUCUGAGAAGUUGUUUUUGUUUAUUAGUACAGUUUUAUCAAAUAGUAUAGAGUUUUCUUGUAGGUUCCACUUUUAAUGCCCUCUGAGGAGGAUAGCUUUCCUCUUUUAGUGAGGUUCCCCAAAUAUUAGCAUCUUUCCUUUAAAAUGCUUUGUCACUUUGAAAUGGUCACAGGCAGCAAUUUAAGAUACCUGUAACUAAAUCUUUCAAGCAGAUGUUUAAAGACAUCUGAAAAUGAGUGCUCAAAACUUCUUUCCUUGUGGAGCUGCUGUUAGUUGUAAUAUGAGCCAAAGGUCUUUGUAUUGUAUUAAGUAGACAAACCAGAACAUUAGGAAAAAAGAUUGAAAGCUUUCUUUGCUUACAGCUAGUAAAGUUAGUUUAAAUACCAUACGUGUGGUUUUAGCUGAUGUGACUUUUAAAGCCUGCAUUUCACAAAGAAAUACAGCACUUUGCUCUCCACUACCUCUGAAAGUCAGAGACCAGUUAAUUCUUUGUUCUUAAGUGUAAGUUAUAAAAAAGGCCAGUUGAGUUUUGAUAUAUUCUAAACCAUUGUUUAAUUUUGCACCGUGCUGUCAUUCAAUUUCCUUACUGUGUAUCUAAACCAAAUAUUUUCUGCUCUACACAAAAACAUUGUCUUGUGUGAGAUUUAAGGCAGACAUUGCUUUUCCAGGACAUCUGUUUUGCACAGAUUUCCCUCCCUUCUGUCCUAGAUCCCUGCAAACUCUUUUGCUUUUGGAAUUUGCUAUAGGAGCCCUCUAGGUACUGCCACUAUUACACUCCUCAUCUGCUAACCCUUCUUUGGGCUGUGCUGGCUUUUGACAAAGGAACGUUCCUUUUGCUGUUUCAGCCAAGAGUUGUCUUUUCUGGCUGAUCUAUUUUCUAUCAGACAGUGUUUUUAUCUGCUUGCCUGUUUUUAUUGCCAGCUCUUUGACUACACCUUUGGUUUUAUGUGAUGUCAUAAGCAUUAUGAGCAAUAUGAGGAGAGCCAGAGAGCAGGGGGCACUCAUUGCAAUUUCUGAUGAUGAUGAUUUCUUCUGUGUGGUUUUGAGCCAGUCAAUUCACUGCUCUGUAUUUUUCUUUCCUUGCCUCAUGUUUUCAUCCACCCUGUCAGCUUAGAAAGGCAGCUUCACAGCAUAAGACUCGUGUGUGUUUUUACAGCAGAGCCUGCCUGAAGUUGGGGAUAUUGCAUAUAUGGAAAAUAGAAAAAUUGUUUUGUUGAGCAUUUGCUAUGCCAGGAGCUGUGCAGAGACUGCUCAAUUUUACCCAUGUUAUAGAAUAACCCUUGUUCCUAUUUAGGCUAAAAUGCAUUUUAAUCCUUCACCUGAGGAUUUGUAGAUUGAAAUCCACACUUUCCUAAUAGGAAAGUGACCCUCGUAGAUAAAAUUUGACACCCUUAUAGAUAAAAUUUGUGCCUGCAGCAUCCUCCAGUUCCAGUAUUCAGUUUUAGAAGUGGGACGGCUGGGGAGAUCAUGACAUGGAUCUGAGUUAAAUUCACUAACUUGUGCAUGUAUAAGUAUUUCCCCUUUUUCUUUUUUCUUCCCUGAAAGAAAUUUUAUUUCAGUGCAAAUCUGGGCAUCUCAGAAAGGGAGUAAAAAACAAUUUCAUGCUGCUUGGUUUCUUUUAUUUGUUUUUUGAGUUGUGUCUCCGCUUUUUUAGUACUUUCUUUAUUAUUGCUGUCUUCCUUGAAUUGUCUUCCUCCAGUCUAUCACCGCUGUGCCGUGUUUCUGUUGUCCACCUUCACUUCUCCCCUGCUCUGCUGAGAUUCCCAGAAAGCUUCGUGUUCUCCUGUAGCCGCUGUGUGUCCGGGUCCCGGCUCCCAGGAGCGAUUCUGCUGCCUUUUGCACUGUGCCCUGAAGAGCCCUGUCCGCUUUCCAACAACACACAAGCUGUUUCAAGACUUUACAUGUGCUCUUUUGAUUUCCUUGAUAAUUCCUUUUCCAUGACAGAUUCCAUUCCUUGCACAGGGUUUGCAGCCCUUAGAUCCUUUUGCUUGUUGGUACAAAAGCUGUCAGCUGUGGCAACCCUUGGGUUCUGUCAGCCAGACCUCUUCAGUCUCUCUUCUAUCUACCUCUUAAGUGCUCCUACCUUCUACCUGCUAAAUAAUUUAACUUAGAAUUUGUGUUAACUAUUUGUGUGAUUAGCAGGUUUAGUUUUGUGAAAUGUUUCAGGAUAGAACUUGAAUUAAAGUUUCCAUACAAAGCAGAAAGUGUUGCACAUUAUGAUCUCACAAAAGGCUAAAUUUGCCCAAGAGGAUUUCCAGAGAACCAGAUUUCAGAGAUUCCUGGAGAAUUUGGGGAAUUCCCAGGAUUCUAAAGCAGAUUUGAUUUUACCUGUAAAACCAUAAAUAGCCUGUUAAAAACCAGCAGACAGUGUUUUACAGACCAUGGACUGGAGACAGUGGAUUUUAAUGGCUUGCUUGGGGUGAUUGAAAAGCGUUUGUUUUAGUUUUUAAGUAAGUCUGCAAAGUUAAACAGCUGGUUUCUCUUCUCAGUUGCAAUUAUAAAAUAUUGCAAGCUCUUGAAGUGGAAUUUAUAUGGAAAUAUUGAAUAAAGCUUUCAUUUGAACAAUC